ACUUUGGAACAAGCGCUUGAAGAGGUAGAACGUGAGUGGACAGCAGCAGCGUGGGUGUGUAGGGGACAUGUUCGUCGGACAAGGCAUCUAGUUCAGAUGUCAGUUAACCCUGCGUCCGGUUACUAAUCUGCCAUCAGUGAACAUGAGUCCUGUGGGAUCCCCGACGCCGCUGUCAGUGUCAUCGGAACGCGAAGGCACUCCGGUGUCGGUGACAGCUAGACUCCGGCGCUUCUUUUCUCAUGUCAGAUACGAAAAUUUAGUGGCGGGUGUGAGCGGAGGGGUCAUCUCCACUAUGGUGUUACAUCCCCUCGAUCUGGUCAAGAUCCGAUUUGCAGUGAGCGAUGGACUGGAGCUGAGGCCCAAGUACAAUGGAAUGCUGCACUGCAUUCGGAGCAUCUGGCGGGCGGAGGGACUUAGGGGACUCUACCAAGGAGUGACUCCAAACGUCUGGGGCGCCGGAGCGUCCUGGGGACUGUACUUCUUCUUCUAUAAUGCAAUCAAGGCGGCCGCUCGGGAGGAACGGCGCUCUGAACUCAGGGCUUCGGAGCACUUGAUAGCAGCCGCUCAGGCAGGUGCAAUGACGCUCUGCCUGACCAACCCGAUCUGGGUAACGAAAACCCGCCUGGUCCUACAGUACAACACCGACCACUCUGGGAAGCAGUACAGAGGCAUGCUGGAUGCCUUGGUGAAAAUAUACCAACAGGAGGGUGUAGCAGGACUGUACAGGGGUUUUGUGCCCGGAUUGUUCGGUACGUCCCAUGGCGCACUGCAGUUCAUGGCAUACGAGGAGCUGAAGAGGGGAUACAAUAAGUACAGGAGCAGAGCUUCAGAAGCGAAACUGAAUCCAUUAGAAUAUCUCUCCAUGGCUGCCCUGUCCAAAAUCUUUGCCGUCGCCACUACAUACCCAUACCAGGUGGUCCGAGCCCGGCUACAGGAUCAGCACACCACGUACAGCGGAGCGGUGGACGUCAUUCGGAGGACAUGGAGAAAUGAGGGCCUGAGAGGCUUCUACAAAGGCAUGCUGGCCAACCUGGUGAGGGUGACCCCCGCAUGCUGCAUCACCUUCGUCGUGUAUGAGAACGUGUCCCACCUCCUGCUGGACCAGCAGGCAUGAGCAGAAGACACAAACUCGGGGGAGGAUUUCCACCAUGCCCGAGAGUCCUGACGGAUUUCCCCAGCGCGUGGUUGGUUAUCGAGGCCCUGUAGCCCCAGCUUCUCCAACUUCUUGGCACAGCACCAAAACAGCCUCGGAUCGGAACAGCCGUAAAUAACCUUCGUCUGAAAGCAUGUUAUAACCACGUCUGGUUAUAACAGACAAUAAAUAAAAAUGUGAAAUCAA